GUUUGUUGGUAAAUAAAGACAUUUUAAAUAUUCACUUUGUGAGAUAAAAAUGGAGCCCCACCCACCGGAUGAAGUCGUUGCCAUGGAAACUAGUGUCCCACCGCCAAUCAUCGUCACGAUAGAUACUGCCAUCAGUGGAAAUAGCCACUGCCUGGUCUGCGCCACCCCCACGACGACCACGCCCAUCACGGAAAUCGACCCCGUGUUAUACUUUCUCAAAGAGCUGUUGAAAUACCAACUUUUAUCCACGACACAAAUCGCUGCCAUGGAAAUUCACAAUGUUUUCUUUUGUCAAGAGUGCUUGGGGGAGAUCACCACUGCCCACUCGCACCACGUUCAAAUCUUGACCCUGACUACCCAACUGGAGUCCCUCCGCUCCACCCUCGAGGACAAAAUCCUCGCCACCCUCAACUCCGAGCAUGAGCUGGAUUUCUACGCGGCGCAAGUACGAAGGAGGGUCAGGGAGGAAUCCUCCACGAUCACCCCGGAAAUAAAGAUAAAACUAGAACCACCCGAAGAAUUAUCCUCAAAUCCGUUUGACUUUCUCAGCCUGGAACAGAUUCAGGUUUUCCCCGUGGAGAAGGAGGAGGAGGAGAAGGUGGUGGAGAGGAGGAUUCUUAGGAAGCGGGCGAUGAGGGUCCCACCACCGCCGCCACCCCGCCCCUCACCACCGCGCCCAUCACCAUCACUCCCCACGCUGAUCCGCUGCCCGCUCUGCCCCCAAACCCUCCCCCGCCACGCCCUCGCCAAACACAUUGCUCAAAACCAUAAGCGACAGUUCACUUGCGCCGUUUGCGGGAUGACUUUUGGGCGGAGGGACUAUUUCCUGGUUCAUCGGGCCUGUCACAGCGAGUAUCCAGAUGAAGAGGAAGAAGAGGAGAAGAAGCCGCCGCCGGUGGUGGUGCGGAGGGAGAAGAGAGAAGUGAAGGAGGUGGCGAUCGAGGAUGAGGAAAUUGUGGAAUUACUGAGCAGUUGCGGGAGUGAGUCCAGCAGUGAGGAGGAUGAGGAGGAAGAUGACGAUGAGGAUGAUGAGGAUUUUUCCCCCCGCGGAACCCCCCGAAAACCCCGCCGCUCUCUCUCCUCUGCCGCCCCUCUCCCCUCCUCCCACCCACUGAUCACAAAACGUCGCGGUCGUCCCCCGAACCUCGCCCCCCGUCCCCCGAAGAAGCCAAAAAAGGAGGCCAAAAGCUGUCCGCUCUGCCCCGUCGAGUUCUUCUCCUUCCCGAAAAUGAUCCGCCACCUCAACGCGGACCACGAGACGAAGCCGGCCUGGUUCUGUCCUGUUUGCGAAAAGGGGUUCUUGAGGGAGGACUUUCUUCAGAGUCACCUAAGGGGCAGUCAUCAAGAGACCACCACACCCCCUGACCCCCCACUGGACACAUUCCAAGAGAAACUCUCCGAGCGGACCUGCCCCGUUUGCUACAAACUCUUCGAACGUCCCUCAAUGAUGUCGACGCACCACACGCACGUCCACGACUCGAACUCGCCCGGAUUCAUCUGCGAAAUCUGCGCCAAGUGUUUCAAGCGGAGGGACUCGCUCCGGAAGCAUUUGGAGUUUCAUUCCACGGGGGACGAUGGCAAGAUCUUCAAGUGCGAUGAGUGCGGGAAGGGAUUCCGGAGGAAGAGGGACAUGGAGGUCCAUCAAAGAUUGCACACCGGGGUGAAGGAGCUCCUCUGCUCCCUCUGCGGCCAGUCCUUCCGCCACGAGUGGUCCUUCCGCCGGCACAACAUUCUUCUCCACGGCCUCCGCCCCUCCAAAAAAUACGACUGCUCCGUUUGUGGCAAGUCCUUCAAAAUAAAAUGGCACCUGGACCAACACCUCAAGAGCAAGAGUCACGGGGGCGAAGGGCUCGGUCGGCGCGUGCGCAAGAGGAAAAUCGGCGAUCCCACUGUAAAAAAAUUCACAGCGGCGAGCAGGAAAAUCCACGCGGUGACGAACAGAGAAGUUGAUCGUGUGGUUGUCAUGGAAACGAGUAACAGCGAGCAGCCCAUGGAUUUGGUGUAUCCAGGGGAACAUCAAGAAAGAAGCCCCCCUCCUCCGGUGGAGUCCCCCCCACCACCGGUAAAUCAACAGCGGAGAUUAUACGCCGAUCCAAGGAGACAAUUCUUCGCGAGUAAUUGCGAAUAUCAACAAAGUGCGGGGGGGUUCAGCGGUGGUAACAGCGGAUCCAGCGGUGGGUCCUACUGGCCGCAGCAAUUCCCUCCCCCGAGCGGGGUGGGUUUUUUUAGUCAAUAAUUAUCCGUUGUCAUGGAGAUUUCAUUGUAAAUAAACGUGUCCAUACCACA